AUGGCUACCCUCCCUCACUUAGACAUUCCGUCGACCAUGAGAAAACCUGGUCCGUGGAUCGUCCAGCAUAUCAAUCCUUCAAGUGAUGGUCAAGCCUCCAGCUGGGGCGCUCCGCCAUAUCGGGCAAUCUCGAAUGAUCCUUACAGAGUCAAAAUUGGAAGUCUCUGGGCUGAGGAAAAGGGCAUUGCAACAGCUGGAAUCAACUAUUAUCUCGACAGGCUUCCGAAUGGCUACCAACUCAUGGACUAUCCCAAACUAGGGGAUGAGAGCACUCGAUACAAACGUCUCUUUGGUCACCCUAGCGGCAAAUUCUUUGACUCCACAGUCAAAUUUUUCCAACAUUUCUUGUGGUUGAUGAAUGGUAUGAAGGACGAAUGCCAAUGUAUACUCUGUUUCAAGGGCCCCAAAGCAGCAGCACAACCGAAAUCAGUCUCUACCUUCAAGCCCCGUCCGCGAGUACCAAGAGAGAUGCACAGUAGGGAUACCACCGUAGAUUUAGGGAAACGCGCGAAGCCGGUGAAGAAUUACUUUGACAAGAAGCUGUACACGCAAAGAGGUUUGCCAUCUGCGUCAUUGCUCUCACACGAUAUACCUGACUUGCCGUUAGACGUCCGCAUCGCAAAGCUAGCAGAGUCGGUUCUUCCGACUGAUGAAGAAGGGACACCGGAUAUCUACAAAACACUCUUACAGCUUCUGCACAAGCUCCGAGAAUCUCGAAAACUCAUCGAUGAAGACAUCGAAGAGAAGGCUUCUCCCGACUGGCGUGCCGAACACAAUGACAAAUAUGGCGACAAUUUCAAAAUCCUGGGUAGUCACCUCAUGAACGUCUCGCUUCAGCACAGCUUUGUCCCACGUAUUGGAGAGCUUGUUCUGUGGUGCCCAGAUCAUCCAGAUGAUGUUGACAUUAUCUACAAUCCCGCCAUUCAUGGCUACCAGUUUUAUUCUUCGGAACGACAAACUUUCCACGGCUUUCCUAGAUGGCGAGGAGGCAUGGUAACGCAAUGUCCAUCUACAGACGAGAGUGUCGACUUCCCUGAUGUACUCUGUGUUGUAGAUCGCAAAGACAGCCUCAACAGAGCUGGAUUUCGUGUGGAGACUUUUCCCGAUCCCAACAACAAUGUUGACAAAAGCGCAAGCAAGCAAUACAAAUACAUACCGCUUCGCCAAAUAAGGCCCCUGAAUCAAUGGCAGAGGGUGCUACGUGAGAUUCCGGAGCAGAAGCUCGAUCCAUCCAUCCAACAUGCUCUUACUUGUAUGGUCUCGGUGUCUCUGCUUGAAAAGUACCGGUUUAUCGGCAAGUGGCCAGAAGCGUCGAUCUUCUGCAAGGGUGUCUAUGUCGGGGCUGAGCUUCUGAUUGAAGGCGAUGCCGUCAGGAUACUCCCAUCCGAAGGGGAAAGAUGUACGGAUGUCUUGGUCAUCUCUUCCAUUCGUUUGCAUCUUCACGACAUUGGCGAGGAACAUAUCCGAAAUGGAUCCGCUGGCUUUUGUAGAGCGUCUUCCAUUACCCUGGUUGGAACAGCGUACACCCUGGAUCCUUCCCGUGCAUUUUCCGAGGAAUCUGCAACAUCGGCCUCUGCUUCCUCACCUCGGGCCGUCUCCACGGAUGUUAUCAAGUAUGCUUUGCCCACUGUGGGAGCUGCUGCAUAUGGCAAUUGGUAUGCGCUCCACAGUCCGAAACAUAAAAUUGAAAUCACCCACGAUAGAAUUCUUGGCCGCCUCUAUGAAAGUGGUGCGAUGGGAAUGUGGAGUGGCACUAUGGGGAACCGCAGAACUUGCAAGGACCCACCGUCACUGUCCUAUGACCUCUCUUCCGUGCUUGCUGGCAGGAAAUAUGGUACGCUGACCGAUGAGCGGAUUUCGGAAGCUCGAGAUGGGAAGAUCCACUGGCACUGGGCCGACACUCGAGUCCAGGCGCUAUCACUUGAAACCGUCAACGGUAUUGAAGUUGGGGCGUAUGAUACGGUUCGCGAUUUGAGGACUAUGCAAGCAUGGCGAGCCAGGUUGAAGAUCAUCGACGGGCUUAGUACGCAAGUGGAUAUCAAGGACUCGAUGCUAGCAAAGCAGAAAGGUCGACCCAAAGGAAGUCGUGUCGUUGGUGGCGUCGUGGUUGGACCCGAUGAGGAAAGUGAGAGCGAGGAGGUCGAUCCACCGGCCAGAGGUAGUUUUAGCGAGGCUGUCAGGUCUAAGAAAGGUGUUGGAGGCAUGGUUGGAGCAGGCGCUGCCAUUGAGGAAGAUGACAACGAUGAGGAUAGGGAAGCUGGAGCGGAGCUUGGGAAUGAUGACACGGAGGAGGAUGAAUCUCCAAUAUCUCCAUCCAAAGUCAGUAUCAUGGAGCCCAGGUCUAAAAGAACUUCCAGCGGAUUCAUCAUACGUCAGGAUCCGGACAUCGACAUGCCGGACCAUCCACCAUUCCACAAACGCUCAACCUCGGACAUUCCUCCCGAAGUGCGCGGUCCCACCAAGGCACGAAAGAGCACUGGCGGAUCCAGACUCUCAUCCAUCUUUGCAGGACGUUAUGAUCGUAGCAUUCCCGCUGCUAUGAAUCAAGAAGAAAGCCGAGGCGCAAAUUGGAAAGGUAAAGGACGAGCAGACGGCGUCAGUGCAGACUACGACCCAGACACUCCAUUUCGGUCCAUUGAACCCAAUAACGCUAUACCCAUCGAAGAGGAUAACGAUGAAGAUAGCAGCGACAACGCAGAGGAAGAGAAUCAGGAAGAGGAUCAGGAAGAAGAAUUCUACGUCCCCGGAGAUUUCGUGGAGCCGGAGCCUAAAGAUGACGAUGAUGAGGAUGAGGAUGAGGAUGAAGAUGAAGAUGAAGAUGAAGAUGAAGAUCGUGAGGGUGAAAAUAAAAACGAAAACGAAGACGAAGACAUGACGGAUGAUGAAGAAGAGCGCAUACGUACGUUGGCCAUCUUUCAAAAAGACACCUUUGAUCGGACGGGCAAGAAGAUCGUGUUCUGA